UAAUUAUUUUAAUAACACUCUAAAAUGAGGACGACACAUGGGCUUUAGACAAAGGGCGAUUGAGGUCGCGGUGCUGAUGAUCCACCCGUGCACGAUAGCAACAGCGGCCGCGUCUCACUCACUCUUCUUCACCCGCUCCGCUAUCGUACGCCCUCCGCCCUUCUACGCAUCUCUUUCCACCACCACAAUGAACAAUCCAGAGCAGAGCACAACCACAACCACAACCACAACCUCUCAUCUCGAUGCCGUUUUCAAGCAAAAACGGGUCCUCCGAUCCAAAGUCAAGAAGGAUCUCAAGGGUAUGGACCCUAUCCAAAGAUCCCAAGAAGAUAAUGCAAUUCAGAGUGUUGUUCUGGGAGCUCCAUGGUUUAGGUCUUGUAAGAGACUGUGUGCUUAUAUAAGCUGUAGUGCUUUGCGAGAAGUUGACACAUCAAAAGUGUUGUCUGAAAUUCUACAGAACAAAGCAAAAGAUGGUCAUUCGCAGAUGGGAAAAACGCUCUAUGUGCCGCGGGUGGAGGACCGGAAUUGCCACAUGCGAAUGCUCCACAUCUCAAGUAUUGACGAUUUAAUUGCUAAUUCAAUGGACAUCUUAGAACCAGCUCCAGUAGAUGCCGAGGGAAAGGAACGUGAAGACGUUAUGUUGGCAAAUGAUCCAGUAGAUUUGCUCCUAUUACCUGGACUUGCAUUUGACAAAACUGGAAGACGCUUGGGCCGUGGUGGAGGUUAUUAUGAUACCUUCCUAAUGAAAUACCAAGAGCUUGCAAAUGAGCGUAAAUGGAAGAAACCUCUCCUUGUUGCCCUGUCUUAUUCGGUGCAGAUAAUGGAUGAGGGAGUUAUACCAGUCACUCCCAGUGAUGUUCCGGUGGAUGCUCUUGUAUCUCCAUCCGGUGUGAUCCCCAUUACCCCUGCUGCCUUGGAGAAGUUUCACUGAGAAAAAUCUCUUCUUUUCAUUCAACCCAUUAAAGUGCUUUCUGAGGACAAGCAGAACCGACUUCUAACAAUGCGGUUGGCGGAUUUUAGUAGUUUGUCAGCCUCUGAGCUGUUGAAAGGAUUUGUAACUCUGUUUUAGCCUGUGCUAUCAUGGGGAUCGGUAGAUUUUUACUUUUGCUAUUCCUAAGAUAACAUUGAUUGUAUGUUCACAAACUUUGCCUAUUAGAGGAACAGCAAAAUGUCGAUAUGGAUUCAGAAAAAGCCAUACCCAAAAUUUGUUCCCUUUAAUUAGGGAUGCUGGGAGGUGAACUAGGUAUGGACUUGAACGUUCGACCUUAUUUGCACAAUGGUUGCCCUUGGAUUAGAACCCGUUAUCGCGCUUCUCUGAUGCGUAAUUGAGAGGGGCUUGCAAACUUGAAAUUUGGUACUAUUCAAAAGUUGUUUCCAUGCUUUCAUGUUCUGGAAUUGGAGGAUUCGUGCCUUUGAGUUUCAGAUGUGUAAUUUUACAGAUCAAUUGGAGGGUAUGCCAUUUCAACAUAGUUAUUUUGUAUGCUACAUUUCUUUAUUUUGUACUUGUCUAAUAGUGUCCUUUCGAGAGGAAAGCUCUUGUAAAUGUAUCAUUCUGUCUCGCAAAUAGGUUCCCCAAUAAAAUGGACAAAACACUGAAUUUUCCACAA